UCCGGCGGGCCCGAGCACAAGAUGGCGGCGGUGCUUGGCGGCCGCGGCCCGCGCAUGGUGCGGGGGGCGGUGUGGCGCUCGGCCGUUCUCCCGCCCGCCGCGGGCUGCUGGGGCUGCGCGUCUGGAGGGAAGCGAUACCUGCUAACAGAAGAUGAUAUAAAGUUACAAGAAUUUCAGCAGAUGAAAGUGGCAAUUAGAAAUGAAGUUCACGGCAAUAAAGAUCCAUAUUUUAAAAGUAUUAAAGAAAAACUAAAGCAAAAUGGAAUGAUUCUCAAAAAUGAAUUAAAAAAUUUGCUGCAUUUAUGUCAGACUUCAUCUGAUGUGGAACUAGCCAGAAAAGUUAUUUACAGGUACCACAAACAGAAUGGAAUCACAGCCUUACAUAAUUUUAAAUUUGGGCCCCUCUUUAUGAGGCUAUGUUAUGAGCUGGACCUUGAAAGGCCUGCAGUAGAACUUAUUAAAGAUCAGAAUUUGCGUGGUUUUUUCUCAGAAAGUACAUCAUUCCAUAUUUUGAUGACUAUGUUGUUUAAAAAGGGCCAUUUUGAAAGUGCCUUGGAAAUUCUGGUAGAAAUGAAAAAACAAGGUAUACCAUUCAACAAAGAAACCUACCUACUUGCAUUUGCAAUAUGCUACAAGUUGGACAACCUGGAUUCUUGCAAAAUCUGUGCGAAACUGCUUGAAGAAGCACAGCUAAAAGGUGAAACAUUACCUCCACAAGUGUUAUGCUUUGCUGUGGCAACUGCUCUGAAGCGGAAUGAUGUAGUGCAAGCCAAAUUGUAUUGUUCCCAGAUUAUGAAAACAGAGAACAAACUAUACAAUAAUCUUAAAGUUCUUGUCCAGCUCAGAUCUGGUUUGCUAGAAGAAGUAAUAAAGACAUUAGAAGCAGCAGUGGAAGAAGAUACUCCUCCCUUUGUGAAAAAGAUCAAGUUUUCUGAGCAGGUGCUGGCUAUGGUUAGAGAAAAGAUGGAAGAAACCCCUGACCUUUCUGCCAAAUUAGGAGAUACUUACGUGAAACUACAAGCUUCAGGACAGAUAACCAUGUGCACACUGGAGGACAUGCUUUUCCAGAUUCCAAGUUCAAAGAAGACCCUUGCAAAAUUUUUAAAUCAGAAGCAACAGGGCUAUCAGGCUGUUAAACCACUUCGGUCAAAUCUAUUGUUAGAAUAGUGCAAUAUUUGAUGGCAAACUGAACUGCUGUUAGCAUCUCUUAGAAGCCAGGUUCAAAUAAAAUGUCUUCUCACCUCCUCCACAAUAAGCAAUUGUUGAAGUUGUUUGUGUGAAACCACAUUUUAAAUCAGAUCAUGUAGCUUCCAUGUUUCAAUUUUGAUGCUAAUAAAAAAAACAUGACGGUGGGCGUUUGUGUGUUGUUCAGAAAUGGAGUGAUAGAACUAAUUUGAAGUUUUUCCUCAGGCACAUAAAGCAGGAUUUUCCUAUGCUAAAUGUCCUGAUGGAAGUGAGCAAAAUAGUAUGCAUAUCUGACCUGACAUCUGUGGUUCAUGAAAAGAAAAUUCAGUCUUCAUCAGAUGUAAUGUUGUGACUGAAAGGAUAGAUGCAGCACUGAGCCCAGAUAAAAAGAGUAUGGAAGUGCUUUAGCUGUUGAUUUAAAUUCUGUACAUCUCAAGAGAACUAGAGAGCAAGCAUCUUUUAAUCCCUUUACUAUCUUUUCCUUUAGAAGCAAUAUAUUAGUAUGUUUUUUCAUGUCAAAUGGGAUCAUGGACAUGCUAUGGGAGGUAGCAUGGUAACCAGCUGAUCAUUUACGCUCUUGAAGGAGAUUCCUGAACAACAGUCGGAGUCUUAGAGUGGCCCUACAUAUUGCUUCCUUGAAAUUUUCUGAUAUUAGGCCUCCCAGGACAAGCAGAUCUUGACAUAAUGCAACCAAUUCCUAACAAGUUUCUUAGAGCAAGUACGAUCACUUUUUUGGAGUAGAAUUACAUAUCAGCUGCAUAAUUCACUCACAUGUAGAGCAAGUGAUCAUGAAAACAGUACAAAGAAGCUUCACAUUGACCAAGCUUUAAUGACUCCAGGCCAAACGGGCUUGGUUCUGGUAAUAAUGGGUAUAAUGUAACUAUGGGUCCUGUAUACCCAAAAAAUCCUUCUCAUUCACCAUCCAGAAUAAAAGGAACUGGAAGCAGCUAUACCUUGGCUGGCACUCAGGCACUUUUGGUUUAUUUCUGCAUACAAAAUACGACCUUGUUGACACAGAACUUCACAGUCUUGUGAGCGAGUACAAGACAAGGUGGAGGCCAGCUUGGUACUCUCCAGGUUAGGCCACCUUAUCUUUCCUUUGGCUUCUGUUCUUUUUAUUUUUUUACAUUGUCUCCACACCCCGACACCCCACCACAUGAAGUGACUGUCCGAACUCAAAGGAUUCUUUCUGGAAUUAAUCUGUGCAUGCUAUGUGAAACUUUGUUGAAGCCACUGGGUCACUGAAGAAACAAGAAUCCAUUCAUGCAGAUACACAUCUUUAGCCUUCAAAGCAAAUGUGGCUAGAGCAGGUCAGAGGUUUCCUUCUGAGGCUGUUAACGCUGUAAUUCAUGUAAGUGAACAAUAAUUUUGAAGUGUGUCACAUUUUUGUGAAGUGCCAGUAUGCACAGUUAUGAGUGCUUGCAUAGCUCCAAGUAAAAGUGUGAUGAUGAGAUGCACAUGUUUGUUUUUAUCUGAAUUGGUUAGGUUCCUGACUGAGGCUCUACCCACCUGCAGCUGAAGUAGUAACUUCUGUUACAAUUGUCAAUAUAGCUGCUUUUUUCCGUUCUUUGUUCCUCGAUUGCUUAUUUUCGUGAAGCCGAUUUACUCAAGCUUACUAAGUUGAUGAUUUGUUUUAAAGAAACACCAUUUCUUUGCCUUGAGAGAAAAGGGGAAUGCCCUUUAACUAGGAAUACUUCAGUAGAAGAAAGAAAAUUCAGACAAUUAAACAUUAGAAUAUUGAAGGUUGCUCUGUAGGUGGUGUAGAAAACUGGUAUCAUCAUCCUUCCUUAGGAAAAAAAGGUAGGAGAAAAGAGCAAGUUCUAACAUUUAUGCAGCUGAUUUCAAACAAAGUCUGAGUUGUUUCAUGUAAGUCACACAGAGGCUUGUUAAUCGGGAAAACUUGAAUUUGAAUGUGUGUUUAUAAAUCUACUUUUUGGUGUGUCAAGGUUGUGAGCACACAGCCUUUUGUGCAAAAGAGUCUUCAGCCAUGUGCUUAGUUUACUGUAUUUAGGUGUGGUUGGCUUUUAGUUUCCCAGCGCCCAAGAUCAGGGAACCAGACUUGUCUAAAAUUAAGCAAAUGCUUAGGGAUUUUGCUGGGUCAGAGUGGCUGGAAUGUCAAGAGCUGAGUUACCAGCGAUCAUUUCUUGGAGGCAGCCUCAGAGAAUAGGAUGUGCAGUCAGUAGAAUAAUUUUGCUUUGUUUAUGCAGAGUUUUAUGCUCAAGGAUGAGCCUGGAAAUUAAAGUGAAGCCAACGCUGUUCCA